UAGGCCUGGUGAUGUAGUAUUCUUAGAGAAGUUAAAAUAACAAUAUCGAUCAGAAUUCAAGACUAAACCUCUAUAGAUAUCAAAAUCACAUAUUUCAUAUUUAAAGGUAAAAGACGAAAAUGAGAAACAACUCAAAAAAUAAGCAUAUCUAGUCUUAAGUGGUCGUAAAAUGAGAUAGUAAACACCUUUGGAUGAGUUCAUUAAGAAAAGACAUGAAAAGAGUAUCAAUUAGACAGCUUCGCUUGCUGAUGGAUUUAAUACAAAAUCAAAACUUGAUAUAUUUAACAUAUGAAUUAUUAAUUAAAAUGAGUGACAGUAUUGAUAUAAAUGAUAUUAUUACAUUGAAUAGGUAUUCCAUUUGAAUAUCAAGAAACAUCUAUGGAACUUAAUAGUAAAACAAAGAAAGCAAGAUGCUUCAAAAACCAGCAGAUGAUUCAAGUUUGACAAUUGAUAAUAUUUUAAAAGGAAAUUAGUAUAGUGAUAUAUUUAAGUUUUAGAGCAUUUUAUGCUCCAGUCACAAUUAAAACAGAAUAAGUUAAUGAAAAUAUUGUGGAAGAAUCAGCCGAAGAAAAGACAGACUUUUUUUAAGAAGUAUAAAUGCUAAGUAAAAUCCCUGAAAUAACAUCUCUCAACUUAAUAUACAAUUACAAGACAAUAUUUAAGAAUGAUGGAAUCCCUUAUGACGAAGUAAAGAAUUUAGAUAAAAGUACUAAAUUAAUCAGUAGAAAUAGCAAGAAUAAAAAGGAAAGAAAGAGAAUAAAGAGGUAGUGGUACAUCAAUUGCAAAAGAACCUGUUGUUGUCAAGAAAUAAUAUGUUAGACUCUACAAAAAUUAGAUAUCUAAAUUAUGUUUCAUAACUCCAAAAAGUUUAUUUCUAACGAGCAAACAUUUGGUAAAAAAUACGAAAUGGGAGAAACAUUUAAAUCUACAAGAUUUUGGAGGUUAAAGACCAUCACUGUCGAUAGUUUAAGAGAAAACAACUGGCCGCUUUUACAUAUAUGAUAAUAAAUAAGGAAAAGUUCAUAUAUAUAGUUCCGAUAUGUUAAUUAAUGACAAUAAGGAUAAACCACUUGUUUCUUUGAAUUUAAAUGAAGAUAAGCCAAGGUAAGAUCCCCUUUUAUACUUAAUUGAAUGCGAACAUGAAUAUUAAUGGAAAAGUGUUUUACUUGUUAUAGGUGGACAUCAUCUAUAAAGAGGAGAGAAAAAACCUUUAAAAACUAUUAAAGUAUUUGAGAUUAAGCGUAGAGAAGUUACUCUUACACCUGUUCUUACCAUAACAAUGACUAAAUCAAGAAUGAAUCCAAUCGUAUUUGAUUUAAUUAAGGAUAAAGGAUUUAUUUGGUAAGAUAAGGAUAAUAGAGAUAAAGAAAAGUUUGAUCCUUAACAUAGAUCAGUAGAUUCAAAAUAUAUUUUUUUUAUGGGAGGUAACCCACUAUUAGAGUAUGAAAAAGAAAUAAGUUAAGAACUAAUUGAAGCUAAUCAAACUUGUGAAUAUGUAAGUUUGAAAUUAGUUUUAGAACAUAUUGCUAGAGCAAAAUUAGUAAUAAUUAUUUAUUAUAUAGUUUUUUUAAACUGAUUAAGCUAAUCUAGGUUUGAAUUUCGGUAAAUUUUCAAUUGUUGAUACUCUUACAAUAAAAUACUAGAAUAUUGUAGCUACUCAAAAAGUUUAUAAUCAUUUUUAUAAUGCAUCUGUCACUAAAAUGGUUGAUGAAGUUUUUUCAUAAAAAGCUUUAAUCGUGGUUGGAGGAAAUACUUGCUAAACUUUUCAAAUAUAAGCAAUAUCAUUUAAAUUAAAUGAAAUUACUUUAAUUGGUUAUAAUAAACAAAUCUCAAAUCCUUCUCUUAUUCAUUCAGCAAGUAAUUUGAGGUAUUUUUUUACAUAAUUAGAUAUUUUGAGAAAAAGGUUUGGUAUUUUGAUGACACAAAUAAAAAAGAUCCUGUAGUUUUAAUGAAUAUGGAUUUUAGAAGAGAUAUAAAAACAUCAUGUACUUGUUCAAUUAUGUGA